AUGAGCUGUGAUUACGUGUUAUCUUUUCUAAUAUUUUAACUUAUUCUUUUUAUUAGGAAUUAGAGCUUAGGAUAGAAACCCAAAAACAAACAUUAUCAGCCCGUGAUGAAAGCAUUAAAAAAUUGAUGGACAUAAAGGGAGUAGGUGGUAAAAUACAUGAGGAAGACAGGAUAGAAUUUGAAAGAGUUAAGACUAAAUUGAUUGAAACUGAAACACGCUACAGGCAUUUAGAAGCUAUGCUAGAAUCCAGAGACAAAGAUCUUAGCAAAGUAAGACUUAACAAAAUGGAAGAACUGAGGAUAGAAUUAAAUAGACGGGACCAAGAAAUAAUGGCGAUGACAGCAAAGAUGAAAACAUUAGAGGAGCAACAUCAUGAUUACCAAAGACAUAUUGCUGUACUAAAAGAGUCUUUAUGUGCCAAAGAAGAACAUUACAAUAUGCUCCAAGCCGAUGUAAGUAACUACAUUGUGAUGAAUAAGGUUUUAUUAAAUAAAUGGUGUGCUGCAGUAGUAAUAAUAUCAAUGUAAAACAGUACAACAGUA